UGGUCACUAUUUGCUGAGUCGUCUGGAGUUUUUAUGGAUUUGCAGUUCUUCGAUUCAGCGUAAUUUGAUCGUGUUGCAUCGAAAUGUUUAAGAAUUUGGUGGUUAUAGUGUUGAUGGUCUAUUUGGCCAAAGAGGUCGGUGCGCAGUUUUCGUUUGAGUUUAUACAAGCGCCAAUAACUGACACGGUGAAGUUCAAUCAUGAGUACGAUUACAUUAUUAUUGGGGCGGGAUCAGGUGGUUGUGUAAUGGCCAAUAGGCUGAGUGAAAAUCACGAGUGGAAAGUGUUACUCUUGGAAGUUGGUGAUGAAGAAAGUGACUUUUUAACUGAUGUUCCCUUAACGGCAGCAGUAACAGUUUUAACAAGACACAAUUGGGGAUAUCGGACGGAAAGGAAUAAAUAUUCGUGCCUAUAUUUGGAUGGAGGUGUGUGUUAUUGGCCGAAGGGAAGAGCUUUGGGUGGAACCAGUGUUAUAAAUUAUAUGGUGUACAAUCGUGGUCAUCGCGAUGACUACGAUCGCUGGGCUCGAGCCGGAAACAAGGGAUGGAGUUUUCGCGAAGUGUUGCCGUAUUUUAAGAAAAUGGAACGAAUCGGAAUCGAAGAGUUUAAAUCGUCAAAAUAUCGUGGAAAGAAGGGCAAUGUUGAUGUUCAACAUCCUGGCUACCACAGCAAAUUAUUGGACGCAUUUCUCGAUGCAGGCAAAGAUUUGGGAUAUGAAGAAAAUGAUCCAAACGAUGAAGAAAUGUUGGGUUUUUCACAAAUUCAAGCUACGACGCGCAGAGGAAGACGUUGGUCAGCCGCCAAAGCUUAUUUGAGACCGAUUAAAAAGCGGGCAAAUCUCUUCGUAUCGAUGCGUAGCUGGGUAACUCGGAUUCUUAUCGAUCCGAAAACAAAAGUAGCCUACGGCGUUGAAUUCAUCAAAAAUCGGCAGCGAUAUCGUGUUAAUGCUACCAAAGAAGUGAUACUAUCGGCAGGAGCUGUCGCAUCACCUCAACUUCUGAUGCUCUCAGGAGUUGGACCGGCAAAACACUUACAGAAACUUCAAAUACCCGUCAUUCAAAAUUUAAGUGUUGGCUACAAUCUACAGGAUCAUGUCGGUUUAUCGGGAUUGGCAUUUUUGGUAAAUGAACCGAUCACAAUAAGUGAAACCAGUGUACAAAGCAUGAGUGCAAUAUUCAGUUAUUACGUUCUUGGAAGAGGACCAUUUACUCUACCCGGUGGCGCUGAAGGCUUGGCUUUUGUCAAAACACCAAACUCUACUUUGGCCAAAGAUUAUCCUGACAUCGAAAUUGUAUUGGGCGCUGGUGCUUUGAAUGGAGAUAUGUCUGGAUCAAUGGCCAAUAUGUUAGGCAUACCGAAGCCAUUUGUAAAAGAAGUUUACGCUGAUAUCAUGGGGAAAAAUGCAUUCAGUUUGGUACCAAUAAUAAUGCGACCGAAGAGCCGGGGACGAAUUCGUUUGAAGAGCACAAACCCAUUUCAAUGGCCCAGAAUGGAAGCAAAUUAUUUAAGCCAUCCUGAUGAUAUUCAAACUCUGGUUGAAGGAGCAAAAUUGGUUCAUAGGCUCGGCGAAUCAUCAAGUUUCCAACAAUACGAAAGUAAAUUAAAUCGUCGACCAUAUUUGGGGUGUGAGAAUUACGUUUUUGGUUCAAAUGACUAUUGGAAGUGUUGCAUAAAGGGUUAUACUUCAUCGUUGCAGCAUCAGGCUGGUACAUGCAAAAUGGGACCUUCACAUGAUGCAAACGCUGUUGUGAAUCCACAUCUACAAGUAUACGGUAUCGAUCGUCUGCGUGUAGUUGACGCCUCAAUCAUGCCCGAUUUGCCAGCUGCACACACGAAUGCGGUGGUUUUCAUGAUUGGUGAAAAAGCGGCUGAUAUGGUCAAAGAGACAUGGUCGUGAUUAAUGUUACUCAAUUCGAGUGCUAUUUCGAUUUAGAAUUAAUCAUUUGUAAAAAUAAUUUCUUUCUUUCUACGAUCGAUAUAUGGUUUAUUUUAAAUGGCUGGUGUGUUUAACGCUUGUGAAAUAUACACACAGUCGUCGAUGUUAAGUGAAAGAGAAAAAUACUCACAGCACUCCAAUCAGCUGAGUUCCAAAUGACUGAUUUCAAUUAUACGCCAAAUAUGUCUACUAUUUAUCCGUUACGAAUGUUACCAAGUACAUUGUGUGUUUUGUGUUUGCUGUUAUUUUUUUCUCUUCUUCAUAAUGCAAACGCAGCGACGAAAGUAUUUAAAAUGUGUUCAUGUUGUUAUUGUUUAUGAAUUUUAUAAAUAAAUUAAUUGGA